AUGAUUGGAUGUUCUCCGGGUACUCUCCACACUUAUAAGAAGCCCUCGGCGGGCCGAUACAUCCCAACUGUGUUGCUGCAACACAGCUCGACCGCUCGUACAAAUAUCUUCGUUCGUGUUCCUGGGCACCAGUGUCCUUACUUGCCGGGCUUUUUCUUUCCAAAGUUCGCGAUUAGUUCGCCCCAUUUAGACUCUUCCGAUAGCAACGUUGGAGGGCAUAUUUCGAGACCCGAUUGCCAGCUCAGCACCCGCCGAUGCACCUCCCCCGCGCCGCCUUUUUGCUAUCCUGCGCGCCCCCCCCCCGGGCUGCUGGCUGCUGCGCCCAAGCCUCAACCCAUCAUAGACAAAGGAACGACGUUCACAUGUUUCGACCUCAAGGAUUCCGGUUUCACAAACGGGUGGUGUGCCACUCUACUUCAAAACCCAGGUCUAAAAAAUUACUACUUCAUUCGGGCCGCAAACAAGGUUGGGGCUGCAGAGCACUUCAACUACAACUGUGACAACUUGAAAAUGGAGGGUAACAAGUGCUGCAAGAAGGAUUGGGUACCCAGAGUCUCAGACCGCAUGGAGUACUACACCCACACCUCCGGAAAGACGUGGCUCCCCAAGGCCGUCCCUGAUGACAAGCAGAGCAGCGGACACCAGCAGCUGACAAAGCCUAGUCCUCUCACAACCCAGUCCUGCAUCCGCCAUACCCCCUUUCCAGCUCCUCAGGAGCCGUGGAUAUUCUGGUUCUGGCAAAGGUUUACCGGCUGCAAGCGCGACGCUUCGCGCGAGCCCGCGGGCGAUUUAUCUGUCUUCCAAUCUGUUGAGCGGAGGCUGCCCGACGGGAUGCGGCUCGAGAGUGGUCAUCCCAAGAGCAGCAACGCGUGUCUGGACGAGGACGGCGACCGGGCCCGGCCGCCCAGCUGUCCGACGCACGACGCUGGCGGCGGCAACGCGACGGUCGCCGAGGGGCGAGGGCCCCGCCUCGCCCUCGAGAAGGAGCACACAACGGACUGUUCUCCGCGUGCGUUCCCCGCUGAUGUCGUCCUUGCCGUUUUUCUCCAAGGUCGCGAUCAGCUCGGAGCGCCCGGCCAGCGCAGCACCGUCCGAUGCGUCUCCCCGGCGCCGCCUCGGCUGCGCGGCCCGCCGUUGGUAGCGGGCCCGCAGCUGCAGCCGGGGAUCGACAAAGGGACGCCGUUCGCGUGCUUCGAGCUCGAGGAUUCGGGGCGCACGGCUGCUGCAGAGCCCCGCGCCGGGCCCGACCGAGCCCACAUGAGUUACGCCGCCAAACCCCAGCCGCUCCCUCCCGCGGCCGAGACAGCAUGCCACGGCCGCACAGAAAGAGACAUGGCCGCGACCCCGGCGGGCCGACGGGGGCGCCACGGAGUGUGCGUAUCCGGGCCCGACGUCGUGGGCGUGUGCCGGGCGCGCUCCCCCGCCGCGCGUCGUUAG